AUGGCAGACCAGCAGCAACAGACGCCCAAUGCCCGGUCGCCACUCUUCCAGCGCCGUCAGCAACAGAACCGCCAGCAAAGAACCCCCACCAGCACACCCAACCAUUAUCAGCACCAGAACCAUGUCCAGUUUAUCUCGUCCAGUCCUCUUCCUAACCCGCGCCAGCUGUUUCCUGACACCUCCAGAGCAAAGCGCGCCUUUCACCCCGCCGAUGGUGCUAAUACACCCUAUGGCGCGAUCAACACGAGUCCAAUGAGGGUCAACACCUCUGGAGCAAACGCUCUGGCUUCUCAGCAUGGAUAUACUAGUCCCGGUCCUGGAACUCCCAAGCAGAAGCAGGUCCCUCUCCGUACCACCAAGGUCUCACAAAAGUUGGUCAUGCUUCCUGAGGAUCAGGAGGAGGCAGAUGAGGAUGAUAUCGAAUUCCCGGAGGGCCCCUACUCUGACCAGCUGAUGGACUCCUUCCGUGACGAAACCGAGUUUAGAGGCAGGAGACGAGGUCUUCACGGACGUGCACCAACCCAUUCGGAACUCUUGACGAAAGAGCAAAGAAACACUAAAGGUCUUGCAAGAGUGGUGGCCUAUUGCACAGCUGAAGGGUACGAUAUCAAGAAGCUCUCCCCUUAUCUGAAGGCCAACCACGGUGUCUACCCUCGCUUGUACGAUGAGGCCCUGUAUGUCGCUUACCACUUUCCGCUCGUCCCCGGAAAGAACACACGAUAUAUGUCAGCACCACCAAUUCGUUCGCCAGGAGGAGGUUCGGUCUUGGACAAGCAGUUGGAGCAGUACGAGGACAACACAGGAGGCGAUUACUCUCGGUCUCUGGAGCGUGACAGUAACGAGGCCGAGGCUGCUUUCAGGCAGUCAAGUAGUGGGCGUGACUUGACCAAUGAGGAGUUCCACCAACAUCUACAGGACCAAGCCGAUGCGAUUGCCUCUGGGAGCGCAAGUACUGGAAGCAAACGUCUCAAGAACCGCCGCCGUGCAGGAAGUCGUGCCAGUCGUCACACUCAGGAUGACAGUGGCUUGACAAUGACGGAUGAGAAUACGUCGACUAGCACUGCUCUCGAUCAACAUCAGGACUACUUUUCAGAGGCCGGCCAGGCAGAUAUUGGUUCAGGUGUUGCAGGAGAGGAGAUUGGGGCUGGAAGCAGUGGCGAAACGAUGUUUACGCCUACUCACCAUCAGGUGGUUGCGCCGUUUAUGGGAGGAGAGGUCUUUUUCUUUGACUAUGGUGUCACUGUAUUUUGGAACUUUACGGUCGAGCAGGAAGCAUGGAUCUUAGACGAUAUCGCGCAAUUUGAGAUCAAGAGACUGAUCUCCGACGAUGUCCAGACAGAAGAGUUCCACUUUGAGUAUGCAGGAUACUCUACGCCCAGAAUUUACAACGACAUGAUUACAUUGAGAGGAGGUAACCAUAUGAUCAAGUUGACAAUAGCCCACGCCAUCUCCCAGUCUGUCAAGUUGGCGUUAUACGAGUGCCAGAUGGACGACACUAUCGACGACACCAAGAUUAUCCCUAUUCGACUGGCGCAGACCGGAAAGCUGAACUACUCUCGUCCACAGAUCACCAGGAUUUCAGGACAUCUCUUCCAGCUCCGCAUGAACGUGGAUCUCGUCUCUAAUGUCCUCGAUACGCCUGAGAUUUUCUGGUCCGAGCCCGAGUUGCAGCCAUUGUACGAUGCUAUCCGAGGAUACCUUGAGAUUGGUCAGCGAGCCAAGGUGUUGAGCGAUCGAUGCCUGGUCAUUUCCGAUCUGCUGACGAUGCUCCGAGACGACCUGGCGUCAAACAACAUGAAUUAUAUUACCUGGAUCAUUAUUAUUCUCAUUGUCAUUGCCGUCGUUGUCGCUGCUGGUGAGAUUGUUGUCAAGUAUUUGAGCCACUUUGGAUCGGAUGGAGCUGGACCGCUAUUCUAG